GAAGCUCUUAAAUAUUUGAUGACAUCAUCUCUGCAGUCAUCAUUUUAACAAACGUCAUCUACGGUUAUACUGAAUUUUGUCUUACAAUUUAUAAAAUACCUUCUUUUAUAUUCUUAUCAAUACUUAUUCAUAUUUAGUUUAAUGGUUUCAUCAUAAUUUAUUCUAGUGUUUCAGAUUUUUUAGUAAUAAUAAUAAUUUACGUAAUUUUAUUGCAACUUGUAGUGAUAUUUUAAUUGAUAUAAUUAAAUAAUAAUUCAUAUUGGUUUUUUCUAUGUGCUGUUUAAUUAACUAAAAAUCAUAAAACAUAAUUUAAUUCCAGUAAUAUUAUUAAACCACAGGUAAAAAAUUAAAAUAAAUUCAUUAAGUAUCAAUUGGUGAUUUUGUACUUAUUGUACAUACAGAUUACAGACAAUUGUUGUUAUAAUUUAUUUUUUAAAGUGUAAUACUUAGGUUUAACUUAAUUUAUUUCAUUAACUUUGUAGAUCACAAUGUCUGAAGCAAAAGUCAAUAGUGAAGAUAUAGACAUGGUAUUUCAAAGGCUUCGGGCAUUACCUGGCAAUAAAGUAAAUCUAUUUAUAAUACUUAGUGCUUUAAUAGGGUAAUGUUUAUAUUAUAUAUAAAUUAUCUAAGCUUUAUUAAUUAAUAUUUUUUGUUUUAUCAUACACAUUACGAAUCUGGUAUCAUUUAAAAGUCUGUAAAAUUGAGGAAUUAUUUUAAUUAUUUUAGCCAUUAAAUAAAAUAAUUUGUUUAUUUACUAUAUUUUGGAUUCUAAAUUCUAUAAUUUUAUUUAUUAUUUUCUUUUUUAAAAAAAAUAGGCAAUUUGAAUUUCUAAUAAAACUUGUCUUAGUUUUGUUAGAAUAUAUAUAAAAAUAAGAAAGUAUCUAAAUUCUAAACAAAAUUAAUUAUUUAUCAGGACGAAUAAUAAUAAUAAUAGGUACGAAGGUGUUAAUACUAUUUAAAAACAUUGACCAACAAUAUUAUUUGUAUUGUCAUCAUAUAUUAAUUAAAUCUGUUUUGUUUAUUUUAUAGUACAGUUGUACUAAAUACACUAAAUUUAAAUAAAAAGUUUGGACUUUAUUUAAUAAAAAAAAUGUUACAAAAAUGAUUUAAUCUAAUUGAUCCAAUUUAAUUAUUGACAAUUUGUGAUUUUUAUACAAAUCACAAGGUUACAGUUGAUUACAACAUAAAUCAGCCAUAAUCUCGGUCAUAACAUAUGUAAAAAAAACCUUGAAAUCUGUAAAUAUAUGCUCAAUAGUUGUUUACUAAACAAUCACUAUUAAAAACAUAUAUUAAAUAAUGCACUAUAAUUUUAUUAGUUCAAAUUACUUAGCUGGUGUACGAAAAUUGAGUAAAGGUAUUUGAAAUAUAGUUAAAAUAUGAUUAGGUUAAGUACCUAUGUAAUAAAAUUAUUAAUGCUUUGAAACUUGCAAAAAAAACUAGGUAAUUAAUAUGACAUAUUAAUUACCUAAGAUACCUAAUCAAUAUUCAUAUUUUAAAAUAAAUAAUGCAUUUAUAUUAUUUAGAUUGUAAAUUAUUUAAAACUAAUUCAUGUUAGCAUAAGUCGUCCAUCAUCAUACUAAAUUUGAUUUAAUCCCCCAAUUUGUCAAUCAUAUCCAACCACCUUUUUUUAGUCUUCCUCUCCACCUCUUCUUACAUUUAUUUUCAUUAUAAUUUUUACUGCUUCAAAUUUUUCUCUCCGUAUGAUAUGUUCAAACCAUCUUGGUCUACUUUCAACAAAUCAACAUUAUCAACUGAACUCCUGUCAGAAUUGUUUUUUCGUUAGCAAUAGUUUAUCGUUACUUAUAGAUAUACAUUCAAUUCUUAUCUGUAUCCUACUUUCUCAUCUUCCCACCUACAACAGUGGCUGCACCUGUGUGCAGCCAUGUCCAUCCUUAUUUUUUAUAUUUUAUACAAAAAAUAAUAAUAAAAUUGUGUCUCCCACAGUAUUGUCAUAAUAACUGUUAUCAAUAAAAUCAACUAUCAACUGCUUUAUAAUUAUUAUGAUUAUGUGUAAGGUGGUUCAUUCUAAUUUGGAAUAAUUAAAGUAUAUACAGUGGCGUAUUUACGACCAUGAGUGAGAGGUGCAUUAACACAAUUUAUAUGUCUAAGUUCACCUAAAUCAUACCAACCCCAUUAAUAGUAUAGAAAAGUCCUCCCUUUAAUACACUAAUGAGUAUACAUUAUAUAUAUUGAAUGUAUACCUACUGUCCCGCAAUAUAAAAUUAUUACACAUGGAUUAUAAAUUCUGAGUGGAGCGAAGAAGUUUAUAGUUUUACAAAGUUGUUUAUUUUUUUUUUAUCUGUGCGCAACUUUUUUACCAAAAGACUUGCUCAGGUGUUUAAGUGUAGCACCUUUCUAGAAGGAAAUCGGUGUGGGAAAGUAUUUUAAGGAGAUUAUUUUUCGAUUUUUUUAAGAGUACUUAUCAAAUUUGAAAAAAAUAUAAGAAAUAUAGAUAUUAGUUAAAAUAUAUUACGGCCUUCUUUUCUGUGAAUAACUUUUCUACAAACAAUAUGGCUCUGAAUUCUAAUCUAAUCUAAUGUCUUAAAAAUCAUGUUUAUAUUUCGAACAAUAGUGAAAUGAUUAGAUAACAAUUUAAAAACCCUUCUUGAAUUUUUAUCUGAUUAUAUUACUUUUUAUCAAUGCUUAGAAUAGGAUAAUUUAAUUAUUAAUUAUUGAUUAAAAUAAAAUAUUUUGAUAAUAUUAACACUGAAGUUUAUAUUUUUAUUUACUAUUUAAUUUGGUUUUAAAUAUUACCACUGGGUAAUCUUCUUAUUCGAGUCAUUCUAAACCUAUUUCUUUUUGUUUUUCUUUUUUCUCUAAUCAAACCUACUUUUUUAUAGAUUGUAAAUAUUUUUUUAAAUAAAAAUUAUAUAUAAAUAUAUUUAUUUAUUUUUUAUAUACUUUUUUCAUUAAUUGUUUCAGACUUGUUUUGACUGCAAUUCAAAAAAUCCAACAUGGUCAAGUAUUACUUAUGGUGUAUUCAUUUGUUUGGACUGUUCUGCAGUUCACAGGAGCAUGGGAGUUCAUUUGACUUUUGUAAGGUCUACUCAAUUAGAUACAAAUUGGACAUGGUUGCAAAUGCGACAAAUGCAAUUAGGUGGCAACACAAAUGCUGUAAGAAUUUUGUUUAUAAAUUUGUGUACAUUAUCACAAUAUAUACAAGGGCUAUCCAGAAUGUAUAUUACUUUUUGUCUACAGUUUCAGUGAGUAGGGAAAUAUUCAUAAUAAAAAAUAAAGUCCAUCAGUCAUAAUGCUUAGUUGUUCACUUUACUCUUCAUUUGAACACUAGUUUAACCAUUUUUAAAUCUAAUGCACUAUUGGCCCACUCCACAUUUAGUGAUUACUUUGUUUCUGUACACUUCACACAGUUGAUGAUAAAUUUAAAUAAAUUUAUGGUCUUUGACCAUAUAAAAUAAAAAUCAUAUUCCUGAUUACACCUCACAACUAAAAAAUUUAAAUUUAAAACUUUUAUUGUGAAAUAACAGGAAAUUACACAAAUCUCAUGCUAGCACAGCUAAAUUCUACUCAAACAGAUAAGCGCCCAAAAUGGCCAUGUUACCCUAAUCCAUUGCCUAACCCCACUUAAUCUACUUUCUGAAGAUCCCUUGUGUAUAUAUAUAUAUGUACAGAAUAUCCUGCAGUGUUUUCCCAAAUAAAUCUCUGUUUAUAAAUCUGCCAAUAUAUUUUUUUUUCAAUCAGGUUUUGCAUAAGGGAUGGAAGAACCCCCUGAAAAAAUAUAUCUAGUUUUCAUUUUUAAACAAUUUCAAAAUAGCCAUUUUGUAAAAUAUAUUAUCCUUAAAGUUUUAAUAUAUCAUACAUUCAUAUCCAAUAAAUAUUUUCAUAGUUAUAAUGGCUUUGAUAUAUAGAAAAUAGGCAUGGAAACAAUUAAUAUUCUAUAGAAGAUAAGAAAUUACUGUGUUAAUUUAAAUUCCAUAUUCUGUAAUGUGUUUUUCUAUUAAGGAUUAAUUGUUUUCAUGCUUACUUUCUGGAAAUUAAACCGGCUCUUACUAAAAACUAUUGAUUGGAUAUGUGUAUAACAUUAAAAUUUUUAGAACUUAUCUUUUACAAAAUGGCUAUUUUGAAAAUUUUGAAAAGUGAUAAAAUAUAGUUAUUUUUUUUUCAAUAAAUAUUGAAUAAAAUAAACAUUUUUCUCAUACAUUACAUUACAUAUAUGUGUACCCCUUGCAUAAAACCCGAAUAAAAAAAAAAAAAAAAAAAUGAAUAUUGGUAGAAAUUUUAGCAUAAGGAUAACACUGUAGGACAUCUUGUAUAUGGCUUUCAGAAUUUCAUAUGAUAGUUUAAUUUUCUAUGAAAUACUUAUUUUUUCAAAAAAUGACAUGUAAAAAGAGAUUCCACUUUUAAGUUUUUGUUUGAGGGAAAGUAGAAAAGUAUUAUAUUUUAUUUGGUGGAACAGUGUUUAAUUAGUGCUUCAUUACUCUUCCUCUACCCAAACUUAAAAGUGGAAUCUGAAUAUUUUACCAAUAAGUUAACUGAAAUUAAAAAUUAAAAUGCCAAAAUGUAAAAUUUUAUUUAUCUAUAGAAUUUUUAAUAUUGAUUGAUUUUUGAAAAUCAAAUGGUAUUGGUUUCACCAACAAACAUAAAAACAAUAAAAUGGCCAGUAAAAUCUUUUAGAAUAUAUUAUGAUCCCAAAUGGUUUUUAAAUAAGUCAUAUUUUGAAGAAAAAAAAACCUAUUCCAUGAAUAAUUUGUAACACAUUUGAAAAUUAUGUGUAAUAACUGUUUAUUUAAAUAUUUUUUUUUAUAUAUAGACAGCAUUCUUCAGACAGCAUAAUUGCAUAUCAAAAGAUGCCCAACAGAAAUAUAAUUCUAGAGCGGCUCAAUUAUAUAGAGAUAAACUUUUACAAAAUGCUAAACAAGCAAUGAAAACGUAUGGUACACAGGUAACUAUUAGAAUUUUUAGUGUUUAAAAAAUAGUUGGGAUAGAAAAAAUACAUAAGAUUUUUCACCAUAUUUAACACUGUUCACUUCUUUAUUUAAAGGUGAGUCUCCAAUAAAGACCGCAUAAGAACGAAAGUACAUUCGUCAUCGGAUGUGGCGCUAUGUAGCUUGGUCGAGACAUGUAUACGCAUAAAUACUAAUCCCUUUGUGCGAGUACAGAUCUGUUUGUCACUGAGGCGGUACAUCAAAAGAAAUGUUAUUUUGAUUGGGACGUGAUAUUUCACUGCUUUUAAUUUUCCCGUUUCCGUAUAUGUGUGAUAACGUGUACUGGUAGUGUAGUGUACGGCAAUUUAUUACGAUAGCUGUGAAGAGCAUAUUGACAAAAAAGAGUGAACCGCGGAAUCAUACCAAUAUGUCUUGUUCGUGUGGACGUUCAUUUAUUUGUACAUACGUAACCAAAUGCAAAAUGUAUGUUCGUUCACGUGUGCGCUUAUUAGAGACCCACCUUUAAAUUCUGAGUUUAGCAAAGAAUGUAUUGGUUUUACAAAAAUGUUUAUUUUUUAUAUUGUGUACAAAUAUCUAUCAAAAAUCUUGCUCUAAAGUAUCAAGUUUAGGUCUAUUUUUAAAAGGGAAUUUUCCUGAGGAAGUACUUUAGAAAGAUCAUUUUUUUGAUUUUGCUAGGAGUUUUUCCAAUAAAUGGGAAAAUGAAAAAAUAAUACAAUAUUUAACAAAUAUUAUGAAAGAAAAUAUAAAAUGGAUAUGUAAUUAUUUUACUAUAAUGUAACAUGUAUAUUGUUGAUAAAGCAACACCAUUAACCGAACUCCAUUCAGAAUUGUUUUUUGUUAGUCAUUAAAUACAGGUAUACAUUCAAUUUCCUGUCAACCUUUUCAACUACUCACAACAGUGGUCCAUCCACUCAUGAAAUCUGUCUGUCUUUUUUCAUUUUAAUUCUUUUAUUAUAUCGUUAUUUAAGUGGUUGCUACACUAACAUUUAGUUUCUCUGUGCUCAAACACUACCCCCUCCUUGGUUUCAAACAAAAUUUUAAUUUACCAAACAUUUUAUAAUAAUAUGCACUAUGUAGAAUGUACAUUAAUUUUAAGUAUUUAGUUAGGUACAAUUUAUACAAUUUUAAUAUCAUCAUGGUUGAAUAAUUCAUGUUAACACAUAAUAUUUGUAUGUAUUUAACAAAAAAUGAUUUUUAGAGAAUGUUUGUUAAACGUUUUUUGAAAUUAUAUGAUAUAUACAAUUUUCAUAAAAAAUUAAAACUCCUUAUUUAUGCUUAUAAAGAAAUAACUAGUUUAUGCUUACAUUUUUUUUUUUAUUUAUUACUACAACUUUUGUUGAAUCUCAUGUAAAAUUUUCAAACGUUUCUGUUCAACCAAAAUUAAUUAAUUUUAUUAGUUAAACUUAAAUAACAAGGUCAUUUCUAAUUUAAUGUUUUUAUUUAGCUAUUUUUAGAUCAAUCACAUUUGCAUGAAACAGUUGAAGUAAAGCCAAUCGAUUUUUUCGAAGAACACACAUCUAACAUUGAUUCAUGUUACGAAAACGUUUUAAGUAACAAUGUUGUAUCAUCAUUAACAUCUAUAAAACAAGUAAGUAAAGUUAUGCCUCUUUCAUGUAAAAUACAUAUUAAUUUUGAUUAAAUUAAUUUCUUAGGACAAUGGAGAUAAGUCACUUUUAAGAGAACCUAAAGUUUUAAACGAUGCAGAACAAAAGUCAGUUGACCAUAAAACAUUAUUAGGUGGUCGCCAGGCACAUAGUAAAAGAUCAGGUGUUAGUAUUAAAUGUAAAUUAUAAAUAAAUAAAAUAUAGUUUAUGUUUCAAUUUAGCUAAUAUAAAUUGAAUUUUUUAUUUGUAUUAAUAAUAAUGUAUUGUUUGUUUUAAAUAUCUACUUCUAAAUUUGAAUAAAAUAAAUUUCUUACCAAGCUACUUACAUCACUUAUGCACUUUAAAAAGCUAACAUACUUCAUAUUUUGAGUAGGAACAAUUUUCAAAUUAGUUAUCUAUCCCAAAAUAAAUCUAAUACAGUAUUAUUAUCCACUUUGAUUUGAAUCAGAUUGAAGUUUUAAAAAUACUUGUUAAAAGAAAUAAUAAAUAUAACUUGAUGGGAUUAUUCUAAUUUUGAUUGAUUAAAAUAUUAGUACAAUAAAUACUGAUUUCAAUUUAUUUGGUUUAAAAUAUAGAUAGUAAUGGCUUAUUUAUUUCCUUAUUUAAAUUGUUUUAAGUUCAUAAACUAAAUUAUUAAUUUACAUUACUACAUCAAUGUUGUUAGAAAAAAUAUUAAUAAAAUAAACUGAAAAGUACAUAAACUAUUUAGAGCUUACACUUCAAAGCGUUUCAACAGAAGAAAGUCAAAUAAAAAUAUUUAUAUUUAAAAAAUUAAGCUUAUUAUUUUAUUUUGCUCCAAUUUCAAGUUAAAUUAAAUUAAAUAUAUUUAUAAUCUACUAUGCUUUUAGUUGGGAGGUAAAAAAUUAGGUUUGGGUGCUCAAAAAGUUCGUGCUAACUUUGCUGAUAUUGAAAAGGAAGCAGAAUUAGCUGAUAAAAUUAAAUUCAGUGAGCCGGAAAAACCAAUAAAUAUAAUAGUGAAUGACCUCCAAGAGAAUCAGGUUUGAAUAAUUAAUGUAAUAAUAAUAUAUUAAUUGUUUACUUUUUUUAAUUUAUUUAAAAAUUAAUGUGUUUAUCAUAGAUUUCAUCAAUGAGGUUAGCAUAUCAAGAUUUAUGUAUUAAGAAGAGUAAAGAAGAGGAAAAAUUAAAACAGGUUGAUCCUAAAAAAGCUGCUCAACUAGAAAGACUGGGUAUGGGAUUUACUUCAAAAAAGUAAGUUUUAUUUUUAAAUUAUAAAAUAAUGAAGUUAUAUUGAUUAUAGUAAUUAUUAAUUUUGUUUUACUUAUAGUAUUGUUAGUCAUUCAGCAUUAAAUGAUAUGACGGCUUUAGAUAAAGAAGUAAAAAAACAAAAUAUAGAUCACAAUGAGGAUAAAUUCUAUGAUUGUUUCGAAGAAUCUAAAGCUGCUGAGAUGUUGCAUAUAAUAACCAUGGCCAGGUAUAAUACAAUAUAUAAUUUUGCUAUCUCUGAUAUACUAAUUUCUUACCUACAUUCCUCAGAAAGGGAAGAACAUUCUGAGAAAGAAAAUAAGUGCUACUCACACCUAAUAUUCUGAACCAUAUAUUAUAAAUUGACCUCAUACCUAGGCUUGUAAAAUUGUACACUAUUUUUUUUAUCACAGUCGUUCUAUGCGGUUUUCUUUAAUUCCACGAUUAUUACUAUGCUUUUGAGACAGUGUUAUAAUUUGUAUUUAUUUUUAAAUUUUUGUUAUAUCUACAUGUUCAUAUUUAUAAUCAAAUUUAUUUUCAAAUCAUAUUUAUUUAUGACAAUAAACUUAUUAUAUUAUUAUUAUUAUUAUUACUGAGUAAUAAUUUACAUAUAUUAAUUUUUAUUUAUUUUGUUUUAACCAGAAACCGUCAAAAUAAUAGUGAUGAUUUUUUCGACUUUGACGAUUCUAUGAUUAGAAGUUCGAAAUCAUCUUAUAUGCCACCAUCAAAGAUCGAACAGAUAGAAAAAAUUGAUGUAAUUAAAAAUGACUGGAAUAUUAAACCUGCAAAAAAAGUAAACAAAGAAGUAGAAAAUGGCAGUUGGGAAAGUUUUGACAAUUCUCGUAGAAAACAAGGUAGAAAUAACAGAACAAAUAAUAUCCCACCUCCACCAGCCGAAAACAAUGAAGCUUUUAAAAAGUUUGGAGAAGCAAAAUCAAUAUCAUCUUCUCAAUAUUUUGGUGAUAAUAAAACUUCAGUAAGUUAUUUUUCUAUAUUAAAAGUGAUAAGAGUGGGAAUCAAUAAAUAAUUUAUUUAAGGACAAUUUUAGUUUUAAAAUGAUAGCUAAACUUUUCUUUUACUCCACUCAUAUGAAAGAAAUGUAUUUAUUGAACUAUAUUAUAUGAACUUUUUUUUAUCAUAUAAUCAUUUGAUUGAUUGCAACAAAAAACAUGAGUAAGAUUUUCUAAUAAAAUAGUUAUAAAAACUUGUUUUAACAUUAAGUCUUAAUGCUUGAAACUAUAAAUGAUUUAUUAAAAAAAAUUAUUUCAAAAUAUUAAGAUCACUAGUUAUCAAUUUAUUUUUUUACCUCAUUGUAUUUAUUAUUUUUAAUUUUAAAUUUAAAAAAUGGUUAAAUUUUUGUAUUGUCUUGAUAAUAAUAAUAAUAAUAAUGUCUUUAAUAUAGUUUUAAAGGUGGUAUAAUUAUUUACUUAUAGGGUGAAAAAUCAAAUCUUUCACGUUUUGAAGGAAGCAAUAGUAUUUCAUCUGCUGAACUAUUUGGUAGAGAAGAAAUAAUUGGUACUAGUUCAACAUACCAACCGCCAGAUCUAGAUGAUGUAAAAGAAAGCGUUAAGCAAGGCGUGACCAAAGUAGCUGGUAAAUUAUCAUCUCUAGCCAAUGGGAUGAUGUCAUCAUUUCAGGUACCAAUAAAAUAAAUACUUCAUUUAAAUUAGCCAUGGUAGUUAAAACUGGUCAGUUUAUUACAAUACAAUAUAUUAUUUUAUUAUGCCAUUAUUACAUCAUAUAUUUAAUAUAACUAAAUGGCAAAUAAUAAAUAUGUAUUUUUCACUGUAGGAAAAAUAUGGAGGUUAUUAAAAUUGGAUUUGAUGAACACAACUGAAGGAUUUUCAAUAAAUAAUACGAAAAAAUAAGAAAUCUAUCUGUAAUAUAAAUAUAUUUUAUAUAUUUACAUAAGCAUUAUUAUAUAUACAUUUAUUAAAACCAGUUUAAUUUAUAUCCAAUUUAAUAUAUUAUUGCAAUUAAGGUAGGAAUAUUUUGUGAGUUAAUUGUAUUAAAAAGCUGUUUGAUUAGAAUAUAAGGUUUGAAAAAUGAAUUAAACCAGAUUAAAACCCCUAUUCUAAAAUAUAAUUUAUAUCAUUGAUGUGUAAUGUGAUCUUCUCAUUUCUAUAGUUUGGGUUUUGUUCAAUAUUCUUUUCAAUUAGCUUUUCAAUACAAUGUUAAGUAUCGUUUAGUUUUUUUUAAAUUUGAUUUAUUUGAUAUAGACAUAUUUUAUAUUGAAAAUAAACUUGUGAAACACAAUAACUAACCAAUUAUUUAUAUAGUAAUUAUUGUAAAUCUAAACAAUAAAUAUAAUAAUAACCGCUCAAUGUCAAUUUUUUUUGUUACACCUAUACAAUUUUUAAAAUUACUGGGGUACUUAACUAGAGAAGUUUUUUGUUGAGUUGAAU